CAACAAAUUUCACUCGCGUCCAAGACUUCUGACUGAAGAGCUUCGGACGGUAUUUUCGUCCUUUAUUGCCAGACGAGUGACCGUCUGAGAGCAAAUUCUCUUGGGUAAAUCCUACUGGCUGGAUUUUCGUCCUUUCUCUAGAAAUAGAAAACAGUGCGUGACUUCAGUUUUGGCCAGCGACAGCAAGAUGCCUAAAUUGAAAGGAGUCGAAGCCACGAAAUCCCACAAGAAAAUCCGAAGAAAAAGAUCCACUGCGACCACUGUCAAAGGGAAGAGCAAGCUCGGAAACAAGGGAAAAAAGUCUGGAAGGAGUGUGAGCCCACGAAGUGAUUCUUCCGAGGACAGCGUAUUUGCCAAGCAAGCAUGCGCACCCAGAACAUCGGGAAGGAUUAAAAAAAUGGCGGCAGUGUUCAAUCGAGAGGCAAGCUUUGAUGACAACCGCUCUGAUAUUUACGAUGACGAGGAGGAUAGGGGAUUUUUUCAGAUGAAUGAGUCAGAUGAAGAUACAGAAGAUGCGAGUGAGACUGAUAUGGCAAAGCUCGAAGAAGAGUUUACAGAGAUGAAGGAACAAAUGUAUCAAGAAAAGUUACAGGAUUUUAAACAACAGUUGCAGCAUUUAAACAGUGGUAAACAUACUGAAUAUACCAAGAGGCUGAAUAAACUUGACGCGCUAAGAAGUGAGAGACUUCUUAUCGCAGAAAUCUGUAGGAAAUACGAGAUUGAGCUAAUUGAGAAAGAAUACAUCCGUGAGCAGAAGGCGGCACAAGAGGAAUAUGAGCAAAAGAAAAUUGAACUUAAGGAGACACUGCUGAAUGAGUUACAAGAGAAGAAAAAGGUGAUAGAGACAGAGAGAGUAUCUAUGGAGCUAACUGGAGAUUCAGUGGAGGUGAAACCUGCUGUCACAAGAAAGCUAAGAAGAAGACCCAAUGAUCCAUUACCUGCACCUGAGAAAAGAAGGAAAACUUCUCCCCAGAUAAACUAUAUGCUUGACGAUGAAGAGAUCAUGGAAGACCUGAAAGCACUCAACAAAUUAGUGUCUCUACCUGGAGAGGUUUCAUCAUCUCAAGCUCAAUCACAGAACAAAACGGGAACAAGCCGCAUUAAGACCUCCUCAGGAAAUGGUCCUCACACCGAAGUCUCAUACCCAAUUGAAGUACGAUCUGAAGAUGGAAAGCUUUUCUAUGACAAGAAAUGGUUUCACAAAGGAUGUGGACUUGUCGUAGAAACACGAGAAAAUGGGAGAUAUAGUGGUUCACUCCAUUCUGUUGGGCAGUCAGAGGUCAGUCAAAUUAACUAUUUAUUAACUAAAUAUAGGAUUGAUCUUAAUGUUACAAAGAUUCAAAAACUAAAUUCACCAAAGCCAGACAUGAAAACCCCUAAAGACCAGCAGGUGAAAAAAAUAGGGGAACAUGUGCCCCUGACCAAGGCAGUGGUGCCACCCUUCGUGUUUUAUGAAAUCUGUAGGAAAUACGAGAUUGAGCUAAUUGAGAAAGAAUACAUCCGUGAGCAGAAGGCGGCACAAGAGGAAUAUGAGCAAAAGAAAAUUGAACUUAAGGAGACACUGCUGAAUGAGUUACAAGAGAAGAAAAAGGUGAUAGAGACAGAGAGAGUAUCUAUGGAGCUAACUGGAGAUUCAGUGGAGGUGAAACCUGCUGUCACAAGAAAGCUAAGAAGAAGACCCAAUGAUCCAUUACCUGCACCUGAGAAAAGAAGGAAAACUUCUCCCCAGAUAAACUAUAUGCUUGACGAUGAAGAGAUCAUGGAAGACCUGAAAGCACUCAACAAAUUAGUGUCUCUACCUGGAGAGGUUUCAUCAUCUCAAGCUCAAUCACAGAACAAAACGGGAACAAGCCGCAUUAAGACCUCCUCAGGAAAUGGUCCUCACACCGAAGUCUCAUACCCAAUUGAAGUACGAUCUGAAGAUGGAAAGCUUUUCUAUGACAAGAAAUGGUUUCACAAAGGAUGUGGACUUGUCGUAGAAACACGAGAAAAUGGGAGAUAUAGUGGUUCACUCCAUUCUGUUGGGCAGUCAGAGGUGUGGAUUAAGAAAACAGAUAACACCAAAGUCCGUAUUUACAUUUCCUCACUCAUCAAAGGAAAAUUUCAUCUCAAGAAGAAAAACACCAGCAGCAGCAAUAAUAACAUUAGUUCUGCUCCAUCAAUAACCCACUCCAGUACAUAACAAUCAUUAAAACCUCUUCUAUGUAUAAUACUAUAAAAUUUCACGCACAAGUAGUAAAUAACACCCAUUUGGAGACAUCUUCCUUGUAUAUACAUUACAUAACUUUCUCCAGUAAUAAACAAGUUCUUCAGUGGAAGACUAUUUCCAUGUAUUUGACCUUUGAAAUUGGAAUGUUUUGUUGAAGUUAGGGAGUACCAGACUUGUAAAGCUGUCAAAGCCUCAAGAUAUUAACUUUCAUGCAUACUUGGAAGGGACUAUGAUCUUGAGAAAUGAAUUGAUAGCCUAGGUUUAAUAUAUUAAAAUUCCUAUGACUUAGACAUUUUUUCUCAAGAAUUUAAAAUUGUGGAAGAUUCCUAAUUAGAGACCCGGAUUUUAGUCAGUGACAAGUGGAAAAGGGGAAUCCUCACCGCAAGUUUCUCUGCACUUUGUGCAAUUCACCUUGGAGGUAACGUUAUGUUGAUACACCAUGGCUACUUGUGAUCAGAACAAGCAUUUGAGUAAGGCGGCUCACGUAUGUGUAAGGAGCUACAACACACUAGGUACAAUUUGCAGUUCUGGUAAAUU